UUUAUUAAUUUAUAUUGUUUGAAAAGUAAGUCUCUUAAAUCUCUCACAUGGAGCAAUAUGAAGUACUGGAGCAGAUAGGCAAAGGAUCAUUUGGUUCAGCUCUUCUUGUGAGGCAUAAACACGAAAAGAAGAAGUAUGUGUUGAAAAAGAUUCGCCUUGCCCGGCAGACUGAUAGGUCACGUCGAUCUGCACAUCAAGAGAAAGAGCUCAUUUCUAGAAUACGAAAUCCAUUUAUUGUAGAGUACAAAGAUUCUUGGGUAGAGAAGGGUUGCUAUGUAUGCAUUAUCAUAGGUUAUUGUGAAGGAGGAGACAUGGCAGAAGCUAUAAAGAAAGCUAAUGGAAAGCUUUUCCCAGAAGCGAAGAUCUGUAAGUGGCUUGUUCAACUCCUGAUGGCACUUGACUACUUGCAUAUGAACCAUAUUCUUCAUCGUGAUGUCAAGUGUUCAAAUAUCUUUUUGACAAAAGAACAAGACAUUCGUCUUGGCGAUUUUGGACUUGCCAAAAUACUGACUUCAGAUGACCUUGCUUCUUCUGUUGUGGGGACUCCCAGCUAUAUGUGUCCUGAGCUUCUGGCUGAUAUACCUUAUGGUUCAAAAUCUGACAUUUGGUCAUUGGGAUGCUGUAUAUACGAAAUGACUUCUCUAAAGCCUGCAUUUAAAGCCUUUGAUAUGCAAGCACUGAUUAACAAGAUAAAUAAAUCAAUAGUUGCUCCGCUUCCAACUAAAUAUUCUGGCGCCUUCCGAGGUCUCGUCAAAAGCAUGCUGCGAAAGAAUCCAGAACUUAGGCCAAGUGCUGCAGAGCUGCUGAGGCACCCACAUCUUCAGCCUUAUGUUGUUAAGGUUCACCUUAAGAUGAAUAGUCCUCGACGAGAUGCACUACCUUACCAGUGGCCUGAGCCGAAUUACAUAAAGAAAACACGAUUUGCAGAUCCAGAAGAUUUUCCUCUGAACUCAUACAGGGAGAAGCGGUACUCAUUCAGCAAUGAUAGGGCAUUAAACCCAAUUACAUCUGAAGCAGAUGAAGAGUCCUUUUGUUCUACCAAAGGAAUGCAUCGUAGGUUAUCAGAAUUAUCCAUUGGAAGUAGCAAUGAAGGAACAGUUAUUUGUAAACCGAUUACUUCUUCAAAACCUUCAAAAAUUUCCAAGACUUCAAAGGUUACCGCAACAAAAGCUUCUGCUGCUGUUGUUAGGAGAGAAAGAGAACCUGUGAAGAAACGUGAAUCUCUUCCUGUUACACGCACACCAACAAAAAAAUCUGACCCUACAAAUCGCAGAGCAUCUUUCCCAUUGCCAGCAAGAUCCACAAAUAUUGGUAUCCUUCACAGUAUAAAAUCUCCAGAUGUCUCUGUCAAUGCACCACGAAUUGACAGGAUAGCUGAAUUUCCAUUAGCUUCAUAUGAAGAGGCAUUCUUUCCUAUCCGGAAAACUUCAUCAACUUCAGCACAAGGAUCAUGUGGUUCCCCACAUCAUGGUGACCGUUCAAUCACUAAGGACAAAUGCACAGUUCAGAUAAGUGACAGACCCACUGCGAAGCUCAAUUUCAGUGAGGCAUGGCAAGGAAUUGAGCAUAGCAUGUUUCAGUUAGACGAAGAGGAAGGAAGCAACUCCUCUAAUCAAAAUGCAACUGCUGGGGCAUCAAGCCACACCUCAUCAGACACAAGGCGCCGUAGGUUUGACACCUCAUCGUACCAGCAGCGAGCUGAAGCUCUGGAAGGACUGCUUGAAUUUAGUGCAAGAUUACUGCAAGAGGAAAGGUAUGAUGAACUUGGUGUGCUACUAAAGCCUUUUGGACCCGGCAAGGUCUCGCCGAGGGAAACUGCUAUAUGGUUGACAAAAAGCUUCAAGGAGAAUACCAAACCUGAAGAUUCCUAGCAAGUAACCAGUUUCACAUGUAUUAUAAUUGUAGCUGUGACAGUUUUUAGAGCUCGGUCUAUCAGCUUUUCGUCAAUGACAUGUGAAGAGGCACUAGAUAUUUAGGCAGAUGCUUCUUAGAUUGUAAAUUUCAGUGCCCCUCUCAUUUUUCCUUUUUUUUAUUUUUUUUAUUUUUUUUUUUUUAAAUUUUUAUCAAGGUAGCCAAUGUAGUAUGGCAAAAUACCGAUUCAAACUCAUAAUUUGUAGACGAGUUGGGGCAGGCAAAUGGACUACCAUAGCUGUACUCUCCAAUAGAUAUUUUAUAUCCACGGCUAAUCUGCAGUUCCCAUACGACAGAUUUGUCACUUCUGUA